CUCGCCCGGCAUCGCUGCAAGGCGCAGUUGACGUAAAGCGCGGUGGCCUUGCCUUACGGUGGGUAGUGCCGCAAAAACCCAUCCUUUGCGUCUUACGGUCUCCCCCACUUCGCCUCCCGCCUUGCAGCUUUGAAACUCACAGUAGGCCAUCUAAAAAAGAUGAGAAGAACCAACUGCUGCUUUCUAAUGAUUACCAAGAGGGUUCGAAAGACCGAUGCAGAGAAUUAACAAAAACGUAGUACUGGGUCUUCUUACUUUGAUCAGCUCAAUCUUUCUCCUGUUCCAGCUGUACUAUUAUAAAUAUUAUCUGUCUCCAAAGAAUGGAGCGGUUUUCCCCAAGAUUAAAGGGAGCAAAGCAGGACAAGACAAUAAUCAAUGGCAUGUGGUGAGAAAAUUUCUGAAUUUGGUGGCCAGCCACAACAUAGUUGUGCAUCUGAUUGAUCCUCUCCUUUUGGAACUAAUUAACCGAGACUUGGAGCAGCUUCAGACCUUCUCUGAUGGCAGUCACUCAGAAUGCAAAUACUUCUGUACCUCACGGGAUUAUACCACCUUUGGACUACUGGACAAAACCUGGAAACUUGAAGUGGGCUUGUUUCAGGCUGCUGAGAGAAUGGGAUUCCAGUGGCUGAGACUUCAGAGUAAAGAUCCACGUUUAGAAGGCAUGGAGGAUCUCUCUGGAACAGAAGUUCCCUUGCACUUCAUCUUCAAACAGGCAACUCAUACCAUACAUCUAGUAGUCUUCUAUGAGAGGAGUGGCAACUACCUCUGGCAUGGGCCGCUACGUCUGAAGCUACACAUGGAUAGGACAUUUGUGCCUUUCCAAAAGCUACACUUUGGACGCUAUUCUGGAGCCUAUAACAAGAUGGAAUUACUCACUCUUUCCAUUGAUGGAUUAAUAGUCCAGGUUCCAAAAGAGCCAUCCAAAUUCCUUGAAGAAAGGUCUCACUCUCGAUUUGUUGAAUGUCGGUACAAAGAAGCUCGAGCGUUCUUCCAGCUGUACCCUGAUGAUACAUCCCCGGAGGCAGUGGAAUUCAGGAAAAAAGCCAAGGCAUUGCUGCAUCUUGCUGCUCUGACACUGAACACUUUAGGAGUACAAUUCUGGCUGAGUAGCGGGACUUGUCUAGGUUGGUACAGACAGUGCAACAUUAUUCCUUACAGUAAAGACCUGGAUUUGGGGAUUUUUAUUCAAGACUACAAACCGGAUAUUAUUCCAGCGUUUCAGAAGGCUGGAUUACCACUAAAGCACAAAUUUGGCAAGGUUGAAGAUAGUUUAGAGCUCUCCUUCCAGGGAGGAGAAGGUGAAGUGAAGCUUGAUAUUUUUUUCUUCUAUGAAGAAGAUGACCACAUGUGGAAUGGAGGAACCCAGGCCAAAUCAGGCAAAAAAUUUAAGUACUUCUUUCCCAAAUUUACCCUGUGCUGGACUGAGUUUCUAGAACUCAAGGUACAUGUACCAUGUGAAACCCUCCACUAUAUUGAAGCCAAUUAUGGUAAAGACUGGAAGGUUCCUGUCAAAGGGUGGGAUUGGAAAAAUUCACCCCCCAAUGUCCAGCCUAAUGGAAUCUGGCCUAUCAAUGAAUGGGAAGAAGUAAUUCAGCUCUACUGAUUUAUCUGUAAGAUGAGGGCAUCAUAAGAAUAUUUGUUGCAUCAUGUCUCAGAAAUCAUCAGCAUUGGGAUGCUUCAUGGAUUUGCCACUGUUUUAAUGGCACCAUACAUGUGAAAAUUGGUGCACUGUGUCAUGGUUGGGUGUGAAUUUGAAUUUGAAGGAGCUGCUAUAGCAGAAUCUAUGAAAUGUCAGCCUCAGAAGACACAAAGCCAAGAGUCACCUGAGGCUGAUCAAACAUAGCCGCUAUCUGAAUAGCUGAGGCAAUCAGACAAUGGUGAGGAGAGCAGAAAACAAAGUACAGACUUAAGUGAGAUUCCUUGUCAAGCAAGGGAGUAAAUAUCUUGAUUAAAGGCAGCUGGCUGCGGCCUGAUUACAAGGUAACCUAUUAUCCCUCAUUGGAAUCAACUGUCUGAUCUCCAGCUUUUGUGUGAUGUUUGUAUGAAAUUCUACUCCUGAAAUUCUGACUUCUGGAUUGGCUGACAACCUGGCUCUUGGAACUUUGGCUUGGAGUUUGACUAUUCUCCUGUCUGCUCCUAUUCAAGAAAACCUAUUCAGGCAAGCUUCUUUCAGAGGCUCUAUUUCUGUUUGCAUUCCUUGUCUGCUGUUAUCUACUCAACUUUGAGUAAACUGCUAAUUUCCAUAGCAACUGUGUAUUGUGAGUGUAUAAUUGAAACCAGAAGCAGGACACACUGCUUCAGCAGUUUAUAUAGCUGAGGAUGGAAGAAUUCAAAAAACAUUUUGUGUAUAGGUAUGCUUGUAUGUAUAUAUGAAAAUGAACAGUAGUGGUUAUUUGGAUGUUGUGUGAUGGCAAACAUGCUUACAGCAAGGAAGCAACAAUAUAAAAACUGGGCAAAGAAGAUACCCUGGCAGAUCAUUAUAAAAGAAACUGUCAAAAGGGGGCAAAUCAUACAGGUAACCCUCACUGACUGUUCACAUUUGGUGGUCAUUAAACAUGAUGGUAAAUGGUAAAUGUCCAUGCCAACUUACAACAUCAAUUCUGGCUGACAGUAAUUAAAUUGUGCCUGCUUAUUAAGAAUGACAUCAUCUGACUGCAGUUUUCAGCUUCCUGCCAGCAUACCCAUCGAAGUUGUUUGUUCCAGUGUUUGUGCUCCAAUGAAUAGAGGGUGUCUUUGGAUUUUCAUCAUUGUAUAUUUUAAAUUAAUGAUAAUGACCUGCUAAUUAAGAAGAUUGAAAUGUUAAAAAAGUAUCCAGCAAAUGAAUUGUUAAAUGAAACAGAACUAAACCUGUGAAAGAAUUUUCAUAGUACAUAAUAUUGAUAAGUGACAUACUACUUCCUAAGGACAGUUCUAGCUACAGGUAAUCCUCGACUUAUGACCAUUUGUUCACCAUUGGAUAUUACGAUGGUGCUGAACAAAGAGACUGUUAUGACAUUGCAACCCUCAGCAGCCCAUCCACACUUACAACAGGUUGCAGAGAUGCUGCAACUUCUCUCAUUUGCCUAUUGUAUCUCCCCCCCCCCCAUCUACGCUCUUAAACACCUAAGGAGAUUGUCACAGUAAGGCAUGAAGCAGCCACCCGCCACAAGGCAGAGCACACAGUGGGGCCAAAAGCCCCAAACAUCCAAACCCCCAAGAGAAUCCAAAAAAGCAAAACAGUCCCUCCCCUAUGAAGCUCCUCUGGAAAGACUUCCGGUGGUGACGUCACUGUGGUGUGGAACAAAUGAAAAGAGCUCUGUUCCCUUUGCCCAAUUUUUCAUGUUUAAAGGCAUAUAAAAGUGAAGUUGAUCCUGGAGGUACUGACGGCAUAAAGGGGAAACUCUGGAGGUAACGUGGAGAGAAGCAAUCUCCCGUUAUGGUAAGAGCAACCCCUCAAAACCGGCACAAAGGAGAUCCGGAGUCCCAUGACAGCCUGACUGAUCAAAUGGAGUAGGAAGAAAAAAGGGGGCAGCGUAAAGUAUUGGCGGAGAUUGAUGGAAAUUGGAGAACGUAACUCCUGAGUUUAUGCGACCUGCAGAUAAAGUGAGUCUCAAAGGUGAGGGGGAAGUGGCCCCCAAAAGCAGCGGCGAUUUAGCAGUGGGAGCGGAGGUUUGGGAAGAUGGAUAUUGACACUGUCAGACAGAGAGGAAAGGAAUGUGAGAAAGCCAUGAACUGGUGCUUACUAAAAUUCUUAAGGACAGAUUAGACAUUUGGAUUGGGACUGUGUUGAUUCUUAGUGGUUUGGAAAAUAUAGAAUUUUUACAAGAAGACUAAUAGCAAUGGUGAAGUGGAGAAGUGACAGUGACUGUACUAAAUGAGCGGAAGGUGACACUUAGAAAUAAAGGGAAGAAGAGUGGCUGAUGCAAUAGCAAGACUGAUGGACAAAGAAGUACUUUUAAAUAUUGGUGGAGCUUACUGACUAUAAUCAUCUAUCCUAGAAGAGACUACUUCCCAACAGGGUUUGGACAAGAGACUUUACCUAUUGACAGUAUAAAAAUACAAACCAGAUAUAAUUUCAUGUACCAUUCACUUCCAUAUUUAUAUAUGUAUAUACAGUACUGUGCAGAAGUUUUAGGCAGG